AUGUCUCAAUUCUCUGACGCUGGCCCCUCAUCCCGAUAUGAGAGUGAUGCAGAUAAUCUCUCCUUUCCUCGGUCUGACGAUGCCUAUCUCUUUACCCCUGAGUCGCCGAGCAGUCAGCAAACAACUGUUUCUGUCCAAGAUUCAUCCUUCCUUCGACCACCACCACCACCUUCGAUUCCUCAGUCCCUUGGGCGCGUUGGCCCAAAUCGAACGAAGAACUUCAUUCUUUAUUCAGUCAUGAAUAAAGCGGAUUUUAUGGAUUGGUGCUUCAGACAAUGGCGGCAGCUGAGAGAGACGAGGCACCAAAAGGCGAUCCUAGACGCAAGUUUGAGUGGGAUGGAACCAGAAAGCAUUCGACAAGCUGGGAAAAUUUGGACCAGGUGGCACAUAUUAACACUGGUCACUCUUGAGAAAGUAAGCCAGCUCUCCCUUGGCAAGAGACGGCGAAGUACUGUGUCUAGUGCUUCGGAUUCUGAGGAAGAAAACAUGGACGCUCAAGGACGAAUUAGUGACGGAGAAGACGGCGAUGACAAUGAUUUUCCAUUGCCGCCUAUCGCUCAUGGAGAAGGCAAUACUCAGAGGCGUACAUCAGGGAGGAUGUCGAAGCGUUCAAGACGGGACGAAGAGCUUUUUGAAUAUUAUGAUCCUAGAUAA